CGUAUCACCCUUCUAAUAAAAGUGGUGACUAACAAUAACAUUAGGGAAUGAAGCACCGUAAGUUAACCAUUGAAAAAAGUUAGAUAAUUUUGGAAUUCCUCUGUUCUGUUCAGACAAUAAGAUAGUGGCUCCAACUGUCAAGGUUGCCAUGGACAAACUGAGAGAGGAAAGGGACAAGUGGAACGCACGUACUGAGUUCCUGGAGGAAAAACUUUUGGAUGUCACUACAGAACGUGACAUUUGCAGGACUCAUCUUUCUGAUGCUUUGGCGAGUCUCAAGGGGGCUAAACAGUCACAAAGAGAAGACAGAGAUAAUGAAGAGAUGAGGGGAUCUCAGAUGAGCGACAACAGUGAAGAUGACAGUGAAGAUGACAGUGAGGAAGACUGUGACUCCAGCUCUGAUUCCUCAGAGAGUUUCGAUUCAUCGCCGGACAGAAAGAGAAAGAAGAAGAAGGGGAAAUGGAAAAGAAAGAAGAGUGGGGCGACAAGAAAGGAGAAAAAGACGAAGAAAAACAAACGUUACUUUCGCCAGCGGGGUAAGUAAAGUGUA